AUAUGUAUUGUAGGUAUUUAUAUGCGAAUGUUAGAAAGUAGGAUGGCUGAAUAGAAAUUCACCUAAGGGAUAAGGCUGCCCCAAUUUUUUCCUCAUGUGCGGUGUGGUUACUAAUUGAGAAUUGAAGAUUGAAGCCGCCACUUGAGAGUGAUAUUGCGCCAUCGUUGCUUUGGCUCGCCGGCCAGGGAUUGGAACCACGUGGUGGCUGGAGCCUAGCGCACAUGCGACGAGGACGGUGCCGCCUGGGCCGCCACCGUGCCCAAGUGGGGCGGGGGAAACAGCGCCGCAUGUGCGACGGCCGUUGGCCAUCUCUUCUGCCGUGCUGCGAUCCGCGCCGACGCGCCGUGCUGCUCCGCCAGCGUCGCCUUGUGCGUUCGCCGGAGGGCGUCGCCGCAGCGUACCAGCCGAGGGCCAUGGCUUCGGAUGCGGACGAGCCGGAGGGCUUCGCCGCUGCCGUUGAAGGUCGGUGUCGUGCUCCGACCAAAAGGCUUGGACGCGCGUGGGGCGCAAGGCUGGGUCGGGCAUUGCUGCGUUGUUGGCUACCAUGGCCGCGUCCCGUCCCAUCCGCGCUUGACGGAGCCGCCGGAUUUCGCCGCGCCUGAGGGCGUUCUCGGCGGGUGGUUGCUGCGCCGAGCGCCGAGCGCCGCCCACUGUAGGGCGCCGCACCGGAAGGGCGGCCGCCGCUCGACGCCGAUGGGUAGUGGUGUCGUCUGGCCCUCCGUUCAUCCAGCCCCAGCCACUCAUCUGAAUCGCCGUGUGUGCUCUGAGUCGUCCUAGUCUCUGCCUCGCACUGAUUGUGCGAGGAUCAUUGUCACAGCAUUGGUAGCAAUUUGUAAGAAGGAAAAUCGAAAAAGAGUACCUGAGAAGAUGCGAUUCUACAUACAAAUUCUUUAUCUUCUUGCCA